CGUCACCGAUGACCGCGCCUGAACUGUUCCCGUUCGGCGUUGAGGUUGAACUCCUCUCUCUCAAGUCCAGCAAAAGCCUUCAUGUUUCGACGCGCAUCGUCCUAUUCCAGAACUCUCCAAAAAGUCAGAAUGAGCACCACCCAGGCUCAUAGGCAGAUCACCACCACACCACUGGAACAACUUCAGGAUUUCGGAGAGCACCAUGUUACCGGAGGUUUGGCAAGGCUCACGAAAGGAAUCAUGACCAAAGGAGAGGGCUCUCAUGUUUACUUCCAGGAUGGAAGGAAGAUGCUCGACUUCACAUGCGGAAUUGGGGUAACGAACCUUGGCCAUUGUCAUCCGAAAGUUAGCAAAGCAGCAGCAGAACAGUGUCUGCGUCUCAAUCAUGCCCAGUGCAGCAUCGCUUUCCAUGAGCCAUAUCUCCGUCUUAUCGAAAGACUUCUCCCUGCCAUGCCAGACGAGUCUCUCGACUCCUUCUUCUUCUGGAACUCUGGUUCAGAAGCCGUCGAAGCGGCUUUGAAAAUGGCGAGAAUUCUUACAGGCAAACAGAAUAUCAUUUGCAUGCAAGGUGCUUAUCAUGGCAGGACUUUUGGAGCCCUCGGCGUCACCAAGAGCAAGACAAUCUACGGCGAGGGCGUAGCGCCUUUGAUGCCCGGUACAUUCCCAAUGCCUUUCCCCUACUGGCACCAACAUAAUCUUCCACCGUCUACUUCUUCUUCUGUUCUCACCGCACACUCCCUCUAUCAACUGCACCUCCUUCUUGCCCAACAAACUGCACCUUCUGAGACAUGCGCUAUCAUUGUAGAGCCUGUUCUUGGCGAAGGAGGAUAUAUCCCUGCCCCCAAAGAGUUUUUGCAAGGCCUAAGGGAGGUUUGCGACAAACACAACAUGCUGUUGAUUGUCGACGAAGUCCAGUGUGGAUUUGGUCGUACUGGGUCAUGGUUCUUUGUUGAAGAAAGUGGCGUCAGGCCCGAUAUCUUGAUUAUGGCCAAGGGUCUAGCCAACGGAUUCCCGUUGAGCGGUGUCGUGAGUCGGAGGGAACUCACUAACAAACUCAAGCCGGGUUCUAUGGGCGGGACUUACGCAGGGAACGUAGUAUCAUGCGCUGCUGCUUGUGCCGUGGCUGAUGUUAUGAGGGAAGAAAACGUUCUGGAAAAUGUUCAAGCCCGCUCCCAACAGCUCUUCUCUGCCCUUCGAACCCUCCAGAACGACGGCACCCUGUCGCCAUACAUUCUCGACGUUCGGGGACGGGGACUGAUGGUCGCAAUGGAGUUUGCUUCUUCAGAACCUGUGGGCGCAGUUUACGAUUCGGCGAAGUCCCAAAAACCUGUCAAAAAGGGACUGGCAAGUAGGAUCGCAAAGAAAUGUAUCGAGAAGGGAAUGCUCCUGCUCACGACGAGCGCAUACGAGGUCGUGCGGUUUAUCCCGCCUUUAAACAUAACGCAGCAAGACAUGGAGAAAGGUUGUGGUAUUUUUGAGGAGGCGUUACGUGAAGCGGUGGCUGAAGAACAAUGAAACCGCAUGAUUAGUUGAAAUGUUUUUGUGUAUACUUUUAAGCGAAACACACGCUCCUACCAAAUGGAAACAUAAUCCCUCCAGCCAUCGUGAUCUCGUUCACCUCCCCCCUUGUCCUAUCACUGACGUUGUGUGUUUCUGUUCUUCAUUGUUUCUCUACUUCUUCCGAUUUCGUUUUUGCCGCUGUCUCGUCAAUACACCCCAGGGAAUAACCUAUAUGGUACAUCUUCCCGCCACUUUUCCCACUUGUCUCCGAACUCCUUUUGCAGUAUCUCAUCCUCUGACUUUAUUCGCAUCAUCAGAGUCCCAAU